ACUGUAAACCUGCAGACAGACAGACCGACUGUAAACCUGCAGACAGACAGACACACUCUAAACCCACGGACAGACAGACCGACUGUAAACCUGCAGACAGACAGACACACUCUAAACCCACGGACAGACAGACCGACUGUAAACCUGCAGACAGACAGACCAACUGUAAACCUGCAGACAGACAGACAAAGUCUGAGUCCGACAGAGGCCUCUCGGCUCCUCCUCCCAUCCGCUGCAGCUCCCGCCUGGCUGCUAAACCACGACGCGUUCACUGUCUGACCAGCCGGGGGAGGCAACCCCCUGCCUGCCCCUACCCACCCACACAGUCAGACGGACAGAGCCGGAGUUCCGCCGACCACGCAACAUCUGUCCCAGUAAAGGUGGCGUCCAUGAAGAUCUCGCACCCUGAUGCUGAGGCCAAUUUGGAAGCGAUUGAAGGAGCAUGCGAGGCCGAGGCGGCUCUUUUGGGCCAUCCGGAGGUCCGAGAGAGACGCUACAGAUGUUCCAGCUGUGGGAAGAAGUUCUACCAGAUCGGCCACUUAAAGAAACACCAGUUCAGCCACACGGAAGAGAAACCCUUCAGCUGCCAAGACUGUGGGAAGAACUACACCUCUGCAGAAAGCUUCAGAGCCCAUCAGAUGAGUCACCGUGGGGAGCGUCCGUUCCCCUGCCCUCACUGUGAGAAGACGUACGGCCUGAAGCGGGACCUGACGGAGCACAUGGUGCUGCACACCGGAGAGAGACCUUACGCCUGCGAGCACUGUGGCAAGGCUUUUGCUCGCCGCCCCUCCCUACGCAUCCACCGCCUCCUUCACUGCAGCAAAGUAGUUUACACACCGCCUCCGAAGGUGCGGUGCACAGUCUGCCCAAAGCUGCUUGCUAACUCCGGCUCUUUAAGGAACCACAUGAAGGUCCACACGGGGGAAAAACCUCACAUCUGUCAGCACUGCGGGAAGCGCUUCAGUCAGAAAGGGAACCUCGAGGCUCAUUUGAGAAUUCACAACGGAGAGAAGCCGUUUCCUUGCUCAGAGUGUGACCAUAGCUUCUCCCAGAAACCCGACCUCCGUCGGCACAUGUUUUCCCACACCGGAGGAGGUUUCCUCUGCAGCUUCUGUGGAAAAUCACUGAGGGACCCACACAGCCUGAAGUCCCACGAGGGACUUCACACUGGAGAAAGACCCCAUCGCUGCCCUGUCUGUGGAAAAGGCUACACCUUGGCCACCAAGCUGCGGAGACACAUUAAGUCAUCCCACCUGAUGGAGAAGCCGCACCGCUGCCACUGCGGCGCCUCCUACACCGUGAGACAAAGUCUGCUGCGGCACCAAGCUCAGCACAGGGCUAAGGGAGGACCGCGGGAGGAGGAGGAGCGGGAGGGAGGACAUCGAGACGAGAUGAAGAGCAGCAACGAGAACGAGGUCACGCAAGACUUAGCGACUUCGGGCUCCAGUCACCCGAAGCCGAUCAGAGGCAGACCCAAGAAGAACUCUCUCCCCCGGGGAGAAGGAGACAAGCAGGAGGGUCACGUGAGGCGGAAAAGAGGACGAGAAAAAUUGGAGGAAAAGGAGGCGAGAGACGAGACUGAGACCUCGAGGGCAGGAGAUGACGAGGCUUCGGGUCACAUCCAACAUGUUGUCUACGUCCACACAGACAGCCUGUUGGCGGAGAGCCCCUCCCCACUGCUCCUCACCUCGGAGGGCUCGCUGCCUGCGGAGACGGAGACGGGCCAGGACCUGGUGGAGGUGGUGAUAUCCGAGGGCGCCGAGCAGUGCAUCAUGAUCCUUCAGGAGGAUGGGGGCGGACUCUGCUCUGUGGCACAGACAAUUGAGAUUGACACAGUGUAGACUAGUCUAUAUUAACAACGUUCCACUUCCUGGAUUGUUCAGAUGCUCCUGGAAAUUGACGUGUUAAUAUAGAAGGUGAUUAGUUUUGCUACUGAUGCUAAAACUCUUGUGUGGACGGAGAUUGUUUUCAUCUCAAAACACUGUUUAGAGAUGAAAACGUAGCAGGGUGGAUGUAGCCUGAGGCCCUUCAGUGAUUCCUGUUGUUUUGGUUGUUAAACAUCGGUGCUCUCUGACACCCAAAGCUGACGUUUACUGUUCCUGUUGAUGCUGAAGAUAUAGAAAAACACUUGCGCUGUCAGAGCCUAUUUGAAGUUUUAUUGGAAAUAUCUCACCAUGACUGCAUAUUGCCAUCCUGGAGUUAAAACAAUAAAAGUGCAGAAUUCAAUCAGAAAUGAA